CGGGACUGCCUUAGCGGGCGCGUCCCGGAGCGCAGCACCCGGCGCUGCGUAGCCACCUCCCCCGCAGCCCGCUAGCAAGUUUGGCGGCUCCGAGCCCGGCGCGCCUCAGGAUCCGGGCUCAUUUGUUUCCACCUAGCUUCGGUUCGCCCUGCUAGGCGGGGACCCUCGGGAGCGAUGCCGAUGGAUGUGAUUUUAGUUGUGUGGUUCUGUGUGUGCACGGCCCGGACAGUGGUGGGCUUUGGGAUGGACCCUGACCUUCAGAUGGAUAUCGUCACCGAGCUUGACCUUGUGAACACCACCCUUGGAGUUGCUCAGGUGUCUGGAAUGCACAAUGCCAGCAAAGCAUUUUUAUUUCAAGAUAUAGGAAGAGAGAUCCAUGCAGCUCCUCAUGUGAGUGAGAAAUUAAUUCAGCUGUUCCGGAACAAGAGUGAAUUCACCUUUUUGGCCACUGUACAGCAGAAGCCAUCCACUUCAGGAGUGAUGCUGUCCAUUCGAGAACUGGAGCACAGCUAUUUUGAACUGGAGAGCAGUGGCCUGAGGGAUGAGAUUCGGUAUCACUAUAUGCACAAUGGGAAGCCAAGGACAGAAGCACUUCCGUACCGGAUGGCAGAUGGACGAUGGCACAAGGUUGCCCUGUCAGUUAGCGCCUCUCAUCUCCUGCUCCAUGUCGACUGUAACAGGAUUUAUGAGCGUGUGAUAGACCCUCCAGAGACCAACCUUCCCCCAGGAAUCAAUUUAUGGCUUGGCCAGCGCAACCAAAAACAUGGCUUAUUCAAAGGGAUCAUCCAAGAUGGGAAGAUCAUCUUUAUGCCAAAUGGAUAUAUAACACAGUGUCCAAAUCUAAAUCGCACUUGCCCAACCUGCAGUGAUUUCUUAAGCCUGGUGCAAGGAAUAAUGGAUUUACAAGAGCUUUUGGCCAAGAUGACUGCAAAACUAAAUUAUGCAGAGACAAGACUUAGUCAAUUGGAAAACUGUCAUUGUGAGAAGACCUGUCAAGUGAGUGGACUGCUCUAUCGAGACCAAGACUCUUGGGUAGAUGGUGACCAUUGCAGGAACUGCACUUGCAAAAGUGGUGCCGUGGAAUGCCGAAGGAUGUCGUGUCCCCCUCUCAAUUGCUCCCCAGACUCCCUCCCAGUGCACAUUGCUGGCCAGUGCUGUAAGGUCUGCCGACCAAAAUGUAUAUAUGGAGGAAAAGUCCUUGCAGAAGGCCAGCGGAUUUUAACCAAGACCUGUCGGGAAUGCCGAAGUGGAGUUUUAGUAAAAAUUACAGAAAUGUGUCCUCCUUUGAACUGCUCAGAAAAGGAUCAUAUUCUUCCUGAGAAUCAGUGCUGCAGUGUCUGUAGAGGUCAUAACUUCUGUGCAGAAGGGCCUAAAUGUGGUGAAAACUCAGAAUGCAAAAACUGGAAUACAAAAGCUACUUGUGAGUGCAAGAGUGGUUACAUCUCUGUCCAGGGAGACUCUGCCUACUGUGAAGAUAUUGAUGAGUGUGCAGCUAAGAUGCAUUACUGUCAUGCCAAUACUGUGUGUGUCAACCUUCCUGGGUUGUAUCGAUGUGACUGUAUCCCAGGAUACAUUCGUGUGGAUGACUUCUCUUGUACAGAGCAUGAUGAAUGUGGCAGUGGCCAGCACAACUGUGAUGAGAAUGCCAUCUGUACCAACACUGUCCAGGGACACAGCUGCACCUGCAAACCGGGUUACGUGGGGAACGGGACCAUCUGCAAAGCUUUCUGUGAAGAGGGCUGCAGAUAUGGUGGAACGUGUGUGGCUCCUAACAAAUGUGUCUGUCCAUCUGGAUUCACAGGAAGCCACUGCGAGAAAGAUAUUGAUGAAUGUACAGAGGGAAUCAUUGAGUGCCACAACCAUUCCCGCUGCGUUAACCUGCCAGGGUGGUACCACUGUGAGUGCAGAAGCGGUUUCCAUGACGAUGGGACCUAUUCACUGUCCGGGGAGUCCUGUAUUGAUAUUGAUGAAUGUGCCUUAGGAACUCACACCUGUUGGAACGAUUCUGCCUGCAUCAACUUGGCAGGGGGCUUUGACUGCCUCUGCCCCUCUGGGCCCUCCUGCUCUGGUGACUGCCCUCAUGAAGGGGGGAUGAAGCGCAAUGGCCAGGUGUGGACCUUGAAAGAAGACAGGUGUUCUGUCUGCUCCUGCAAGGAUGGCAAGAUAUUCUGCCGACGGACAGCUUGUGAUUGCCAGAAUCCAAAUGCUGACCUUUUCUGUUGCCCAGAAUGUGACACCAGGGUCACAAGUCAAUGUUUAGACCAAAAUGGUCACAAGCUGUAUCGAAGUGGAGACAAUUGGACACAUAGCUGUCAGCAGUGUCGGUGUCUGGAAGGAGAGGUAGAUUGCUGGCCACUCACUUGCCCCAACUUGAGCUGUGAGUAUACAGCCAUCUUAGAUGGGGAGUGUUGUCCCCGCUGUGUCAGUGACCCCUGCCUAGCUGAUAACAUCGCCUAUGACAUCAGAAAAACUUGCCUGGACAGCUAUGGCAUUUCAAGGCUUAGUGGCUCAGUGUGGACGAUGGCUGGAUCUCCCUGCACGACCUGCAAAUGCAAGAAUGGAAGAGUCUGUUGUUCUGUGGAUUUGGAGUGUCUUCAGAAUAAUUGAAGUGUUUAAAAUGGACUCAUCGCAGAAGAAUGGACAAAAUGACCAUCCAACGUGAUUAAGAAUAGGAAUUGGUGGUUUGUUUUAUUUUGUUUGUUUGUUUGUUUUCCUUUUUUAACCACAGACAAUUACCAAAGUUUCCAUCUGAGGAAGGUGUUUGGAGGUUGCCUUUUGGACCCACCACUUUGCUCAUUCUUGCUAACCUUGUCUAGGUGACCUACAGUGCAGUGUGUUUAAGUCAAUGGUUGUUAAAAGAAGUUUCCCGUGUUGUAAAUCAUGUUUCCCUUAUCAGAUCAUUUGCAAAUACAUUUAAGUGAUCUCAUGGUAAACGUUGAUGUAUUUUUUUUGUUGUUUAUUUUGUGUGCUAACAUGAUAGAGACUCUGCUCCUUUUAUUUAUUUAUUUUGUUGAUUUAUGGAUCAAAUUCUAAAAUAAAGUUGCCUGUUGUGAUUUUUGUCCCAUCUCUGCAUACUUAGUGCUGAGAUCCCUGUAAAAUGUUUUGAUGAAAAUAUGUAUGUAGAGUCCAAUUGCACUAUACUUACAUUUCAAAGUGUUGAACUUUCUUAAAUGCCUACUCAAUCAGCUUAAACAGGCUGAAGCCAAGUAUGACAAAGAAGGGAAGGACCGAAAACAUAAUGAAAUAAUUAUUUUAAAAAGGACUCUUGUGUCUCUUGCAAAAAUAAAAAAAAUUAAAUAAAAAUUUUAACCCACAAUUUAGAAGCAUCAAUGUUUAAAGCCUUUCUUGGCUUUGAAAGUGAAAUUACCUCUCUGUCAGAUUUAUGUAGUACUUAAUCAUUUACAAGGCUUCACAGUUAUUAACAAAGUUAUAAUCAUAGUACAUGUCAGAAGUAUUGUCCCUGUAUUAUUGAAGUGUGAAUUAAGGAGUUCCAGUCAACUAAUUUGUUUAGAGCUAGUUGAUUUACAGUGUGUUGGGAUUGGUAAUCAAGUCUGCUAUUUCCUGUUCAGUACUUUUUUUCCACAAAAUGACAUUGCCUCUCAUACACACGAAGGAGACACCUUUAAGAAAAUCGAUUUGUACACUCAGAAGUUAUUUUAUAACAGUGAAUGUUUCCACUUGAGCCAAUACCAUAUUUUUAAGAAUUGGCAGUUAUUAAGUUUUACAAAAUGAAUAAAAUGUGCAAAUGACAUUUUAUCUGAGUUGAGAAUUCAAGCUUGGGUUGUAGCUUCAGGUAAAUCACAUCUUAGUGGUUUGUGAUACCCACAGCUCUUGAAUUCAUCAUUACUCUGAAUUAAGUUGGUUCAUGGAUUCUCGUUCGCUCCCCAACAUCAAAAAAGACCUAACUUGUUAAGUCAGUCAUGGUAAAAACAUUUAAAUAUCAAAUAUUAGUCAAAUAAUUAAUUUAAAAUUACAUGCUUAGACAACCAUUAUUCAUUGGGAUUUGUCCAAUGGAAAUGAUACCCAAUAUUUUUUGUGAGGAUGAAGUUCAUGACAUAAAAUAAAUUUCAUGUAUUGAAUUAUGAUAAUAGCAGUUUAAAUACUGCAUUUUACAAAGACCAGUGAUAUGGUAAAUUAGAACACAUUUCUGUUUUAAUUCCAUAAAUAAAACCUUGAAGAGGAGAAUUUUAAUAUCAUUUUUUGGGUAAUAUUUACAAUUAAAAAAAACCUUUCCGUUUUUGUUGGAAAAACAGUUUUUUUACCUUUGAAUUAAUUUAUAAGAAUUAUUUGUGACUGAAUAUGUCAGGGAUUAGCACACUAUGAUCCCAUGUGUCAAAUCUCAUUAUUAAUAGCAUAACAGCAUUGUGUUUCAGUAGAAUAUGAGAAAAGAUGAAAGUUCCACACAUUAGCUAGACACGUAUCUAGUGAAUUUUUCAUCAAUUUGUUACAUCCAGGGUACAUACAAAUAUGUUAUGUGUAUAUAUUUGUUGCAUAUAAUAUUGUAUAUUUGUUAUCUUUGUUACAUAUGAAUAUAUAUUCAUAUAUUCUACAAUGCAUUUAUGUAUAAAUCUAUUCAUAUGUAACAUGUAUAUGUAAAUACACACACACACACACGCACACACACACACACACGUACACACAUUCCCAGAACUUCCCCUACUCUGACCUUUAUAGAUCUGUGCUUAUGUACUGGUAUGAACUUUAAAAAUACAUUUUCUUUGAAUUAUGGUUACAAAUAUGGCUACAGGCUAUAGGUUAGAUUUUAAACUAACUGGGUACAGUCUUCAUCUACUAGUAUUUAGCAUAGUGUCUUCUGUACAGUGGGUUUUCAAUUAAAUCUUGUAAAUAUUGAAUUCAUAAUUUUUCAUAGUAUCAAAAAGUUAUGAGACAUUGGAAACCCACUCUGGUGGAUUUCAAAUAUUCUAAAGCAUGAGACUCAUUUUAAAAAUCAAAUUGUAUUUAGUGCUUCAAUGUGGAAACUGGCUAAAAGCAGAGUUUUUCUGACUGGUGUGGGUUUUGGAAGGGAACACCUCACACUCCACUGCAGCGCACAACUUUCAACAGCGCACAGCUGGAAAGCCAUUGACCUAAUUAUUCACCUUCACUUCUACAAAUAAGGAAACCAACACUCAGAGUGGUUAAGUGACUUGCUCAGAGUUAACAGCUAAUUAGUUAUAGACCUAUAACUACCACCUAACCCACACCUUUUUCCCUGUGCCAAAUGUGUUUCUAUAUUUUAAGUAAGCUUUUAAAACUCUGUUUGUAUGGAUGACAUUAAAAGACAAUCAUGGA